UUUAAACUUCCUGCUUGGGAAAAUAAGUGCUUUUUCAACAAUUAAAUUUGCAUUAAAUGUUCAAUACAUGUUGAAUUUUUCGGUGUUGGGAUUUAUACUGAUAAAUAAUAUAUAUUCCCUAAUUUGAAACAAUGAAGAGGAGUUUAUCUUUGAUAUUGUUCAUGUGUUGUUUGUGGUUGAAUGUCUGUAACAACCAGGUAGAAGGAGAGAUUGAUGAAAAAUGUAAAGUAAAUUGUGCAUGCUGUGUAGAUCAAAAAUGUGGAGGAGAGCAAUGGGAAUGGUUUCCUGACGAAUGUUCUUCUCUAGGCUGUAUUGAUGGUCAUAGAGGUGCACGUUGUUAUGAACAAUGUACAAACAAUUGUACACAAUGCAUUAAUGAUAAAAAUGAAUGUACUGAGUGUUAUGAUGGAUAUUACCCCGGCCCUGCUUAUGACUGCAAAUCAAAGUGUUUACCCGGAUGUAAAGCAUGCAAGUCAGGAAUCACGUGUACAUCAUGCAAGGAGGGAUAUAAUAACGACAAUGGUCGAAAUGAUUGUAGUAAUCGUUACUGUCCUGAAAAUUGUAAUUGUGAUGAUGGUAAGUGUGUGUCAUGUAAGGGCGGAUAUUACGAUACCAGUAAUAUAUGUUCUAGUUUAUGUCCAGAUAACUGUGUCACGUGUCUGUCAAAAACAGACUGUGGAUCUUGUAAGGAUGGUUAUUAUAAAGGUUACCAGGACGACAACAUUAACCUCCCUUUGUUAAACGACUGUACAUACAAAUGCCGGAAUAACUGUACACGUUGUUCGUCCUAUAAUCGUUGCUCGCUUUGUAAAAGUGGUCUAUAUGGAUCGACGUGUGACAACAGUUGUUCACCUGGUUGUAUGUCAAGCACUUGCGAUAUAGUAACUGGAUACUGUAUUUGCUCUUCUAACUUUACUGGGGAAAGAUGUGACGAAUGCAUAACCGGAAAAUAUGAAAAUAUGUGCGAUCAAGAAUGUCCUGCAGGAUGUAAAGGUAAUGUCUGUAAGAAAGAUUCCGGAAAUUGUACUGACGGAUGUACUAUAAACACGAUCGUUGGUGGUAAAUGUGACGUUUGUUUAACAGGCUGGUAUGGACAAAACUGUGACAUAUCUUGUUCUGUUGGCUGUAAAAAUCAGCGAUGCGUGAAAAGUAAUGGUGAAUGCUCAAAUGGAUGUCUUGACAACUUUGUCGGUGUACAGUGCAAUCAUUGCAUAUCUGGCAAAUAUGGAAAUUCAUGCAACAGUGACUGUCCAGUCAAUUGUGACAUGAGCGGCUGCUUGAAAGACUCUGGCAUUUGUAAUAAUUGCAAUGAGAACUUUGCAGGAGAUAAAUGUGAAAAAUGUGGUGUUGGUUUUUAUGGUUCACUUUGCUCCGAGAAAUGCCCGACAAAGUGUUUGAAUAAAGUAUGUGAUAGAGAUAACGGCACGUGCUCUGGUGGCUGCGUAGACAAUUAUUCUGGUGACAAAUGUUGUAUAAAUAAUAACAACUGUAUCACAUGUUUGUCAGAUACUGAGUGUAAACAGUGUAAGUCUGGAUACUACAAUGACCAAUGUGACAAACAAUGUCCUCUGAACUGUCUUAAGUCCUGUCAUAUCGAAACAGGUAUCUGUGAAGGUUGCAAAGGUAACUUCUAUGGCGAACAUUGUAACCUUUCAUGUGCAUCUACGUGUAAUGUACAAACAACGGCAAAUGGAAGUUUAUGUCAGCAGACAGAUGGUAAAUGUCUGUAUGGGUGCGAAGCUGGUUUUCAUGGUUUGAUGUGUUCAGAGAAAUGUUCUUCUAAUUGUAAUGAUACACUUUGUGACCAAAGCACUGGCAAAUGUACAAAAGGUUGCAAAAGAAGAGUGAAAGAUGACCCAAUUUGCCCUGCAGUUUCAGAAUCACAACAGGACGAAGAUAAAGGUGAUCAGGGUAGUUUAAUAGGACCAAUAGUUGGGGCUAUUGUUGGAGUACUGGUAGCAACAACAAUUAUUGUUGGUGUAUUUAUGUUCUGCAGACGAAGGCAAAGAAACAAAGGUCAAGGACAACGUUCAGAUUUUGAAAGUACUCAAUCUAUCAAGGAAGACGAAAAGAAGCAUACAUAUGGAAACAUUUCCGAGCGGCCAUCAUCAAAGGAAGAUAAAGAAAGAAAGAGCGCUUUAAACCUACCACCAACUAUUACAGCCGACACACAGCUUUCAGAGAACAAAACAAGAUCACCAGUCCCUGUAACGUCUUCGUCAGUGGAUAUUGAUGAGGUAGAAGUAGAUGAAGUCGAAUAUGAAAACAAGGCUGAUGAUACCUACUAUAACAUUAGAGAGAGUCCCUACAGAAUUAAAGUAGACAAUCUACUUAAAUAUGUUACAUCUGGAAAGGUCGACUUCGAGGCUGAAUUCAAGGUAUGUAUAUACGCUAAAAUUGAAUUUACUGCUAGGUUUGAUUAG